AAAAAAAAAUUAAAAGUAUGGUGAGAACUAGACUCAAAUUCUGCUCUUCUAAGCUAUUGGUAAGAGUAUAGAAAAAAAAUCAUACGAAUCAUAUGUUUAUAUUAACAUAAAACAAAGCUGCAGUGAUUCAGACAGUGUUUAUAUUAUUUGUCUAGAUUUUAGACAUUAAAUUAUUUUUUAAAGUUGGCUGUGUAUUUAUUAAGUCAUACGUAAUGGAAGCAUCAGCAGAAAGUCAUUCUAAAGAAAUUGAUGAUAAAACGAAAAAUGAUGAACAAGCAUCUAAUUCUUCAUCAGGUAAAGAUGACAUUUCUGGAGUAGAAAAAGUAUCACAGUAUUUACUGUCUAAAUUGAAAAUUAGUGAUAGCGAAGAAAAAAUGGUUAUAAAAUCAAGUAAAAAGAUUUUGCGAGAGUUAAGUAUUCAAGGGAUUGUAGAUUACAUUAAAGAAAAUAAUUGUCGUAAUAUAAUAACGAUGGCUGGUGCUGGUAUAUCAACUUCUGCUGGAAUACCUGAUUUUCGUUCGCCUUCUAGUGGAUUGUAUUAUAACUUGCAAAAAUAUAAUCUUCCGUACCCUCAGGCGAUUUUUGAAAUCGACUUUUUCAAAUCGAAUCCUGAACCAUUUUUUGUACUGGCAAAAGAAUUAUUUCCAGAAAAAUUAAAACCUACGUUAAGUCACUGCUUCAUUAAGUUAUUAUCGGACAAAGGAUUGUUAUUGCGACAUUACACACAAAAUAUCGAUACUUUGGAAAGGAUUUCUGGGCUACCUCCUGAAAAGUUGGUUGAAGCUCACGGAACAUUUCAUUCCUCACGAUGUCUUGAGUGCCGUACUAUUUACGAUCUUUCAUGGUUGAAAAAGAAAGUAAACGAAGAAACAAUACCGAAAUGUGAAAAAUGUUUAGAAGGUGUUGUUAAACCAGACAUUAUUUUCUUUGGUGAAAUGUUACCACACCGUUUUUAUCAAUCAAUUGAACACGAUUUUCCUAAAGCCGAUUUACUUAUUAUUAUGGGUUCAAGUUUAGUUGUACAGCCAUUCGCGUCCUUAAUUGAUAAAGUAAAGUCAUCAUGUCCACGUUUACUUAUUAAUAAAGAAAAAGUUAGUGUACAAGAUAGACUAUCACGGUUUUUCGGUCUAAGUCAUGGGUUCGUUUUUGAACCGAAAAAUUCAGAGGUUGCCCGAGAUGUUGCUUGGAUUGGAGAUUGUGAUAAGGGUUGUAAAUUACUAGCAGAUAAACUUGGCUGGACUACGGAAUUAGAGAAACUUAUGCAAAGUGAUUUUCAAAAUCCAAAUGUUGAAAAAUCAGAAGUAUCUGAAUGAAAAUAUGAGAAAUCAUUGUAUACGAGAUUGUAUGUUUAAUAGAUGUAUAUAUUUAUCUUAUUACAAAUCAGAUAAUUUUUAUUCCUAUUGGUUUCAAGUUCCUUGAAGAUGGCGCUUUUUUUGGUUUAAGUAUGAGGAAGUUCGGGGAGUAAGACGAAAGUCAAUUUGCAAAGUAAGCAGUAAAAGCAUUAAACCUUUUAGGAAAAUGUUUCCAUUUGUCCAGUGGCUCUUUCUUCAGAUCCAUGCGACAACAUAUUAUAGAUAAUUAUUUAUUAAUUGAUUAGCUCUAAACAUAGUAUUCUGCUGAAGUUGCCGCCGGAACUUUGGCUGAAGUACCCCUAAAAAUAACAGAGAAAAUACAAACAGGAAAGGAUUAAACAAAACUUCGUAAACAUACUGUUUUUAUUUUUUAAAUUUACCUUUUGAUAAAAAACAGAUCUAAAAACUUUUAAAUAAAUAACUUGAUAAAGAAAUAGAUAAAUAGUCAAAGCUUAAAAAAUAAAACAUAUCUAUAUAUACAUAUAUAUAUAUAUUAUGUUUCAUUCAAGAAAAUUAUAUAAUUUUUGAUAAUAAAAAUAUGUUUUAAUCUUCUGAGGGCCGUUCAUAAAAUACGCCACGUAAAAUUUUACCUUUUUAGAAACCUCCUCCUUCGUCACGCUAUGCCACAUUUUCUGCCCCCCCCCCCUCUAUCAAUAUUGCGUCACAAAUGAUAGAUCCCUCGUACAUGAUAUAUAACAUUUAACGACACAUAAAUUUAUAUAUUUUAAUAUAUUAAUUGCAAUAAUAAAACUUUAAAAAAUAAUUUAAAUUUUGAAAAAUCGAAGGAAAAAUUGCAAACGUAUUUUAUGAACGGUCCCUACUGUAUUUUAACAUUGAAUUACAUAAAUUAUAUAUGACGAAAAGUUGCGAUUUCGAUCAUUGAUGAAAUUUUAUUUUUGGUAGUAGGAAAUUAAUAGCCUAUAUACAUUUCACUAUAUUAAUUGCUUAUUGUUUUAGUACCAAAAGAUAUUUUCAAAAAUUUGAUCAUGGAAUACAAUAUCAUUAGAAGACGAAUACUACAAAUAAUAAUACUGCAGUUGUCAUAUUUUUAUAAACAAAGCUAACUGAAAAUAAUUUUUGGCAUAAAACUGUAUUGUGUUAUAUACAAUGAAAGACAAGAAAAUUUAUAUUUAUCAUUCAAACCGUUAGAUUGUCUAGCAUACACUUAUUGGUGUAACAUAUAAAUGUAUUGAAAACAAAUAAAAUGAUAUCCUUAUUGAU